AUGGGCCUGUACAUCGCCGCCGUGCUGGCCGCCGGCGAGAAAAAAGGCUGCCCCUUGCCCUGUGGCGCGUUCUGCCUCGAGCUAAUCGACCACAAAGAGGCCUGCCCCAAUAAAGGCAGCCCGUGCUCGCAGCAGGAGCUCGCGUUCGGCGACAUCUGCACGGGCGACGCGACCUGCGGCGACGCGGGCCGCUGCUACGUCGCGGCGGCAGAAACGGAAGCCAAAGUCCUCGCGGCGACGACGCGGCGACGGGCGUGGCGCGACGAGGCGACGCUGCGGCGGCGCGCGCUAAGCGACGACGGCGACCCCACGGACGCGCCGACGUACUGGACGCCACCGACGCGGAGCCACUUCCAGCCGCGCGACCGGCGCUUCCUCUACGCCGUCUUCAUCGGGUUCGUGGCUCUCGCGCUCGGCCUGGGCGCCGCGGUGGCCGCGCACGCGUUCCCGCUGGAGCGGGGGCGCCCGCGGCUGCCCGACCUCGUCGACACGUUCUUCGACGUGUGCCGCGGCGAGGCGGGCUUCUAUUACUGGUUCAAGGAGUGGCGGAACCGGGACAAGGUGCCGCGCGUGCGCGUCGUCGUCGCCCGACACAUGCGUGAGAGCGACUUCCGGCGCGUCGCGCCGCCGCCCCCGGCACUGUCGAACGCGCUCGUCGAAGAGCUCUAG